AUGAGGAGGAAUCUGAAUGGAGUGAUGACCUCAUUGGUUGGAAGCGAUCUGUCAAAGCAAGUUGCUAUGGAAUCCUUGAAGAUGUUUGUGCCAAAAAAAUAUAUUGAGGCGGUCACCUUGAAUGCCAAGGUUAUGAAUAUGCCUCGGGUGGGCUCCAAUGAAAAUAUUAUAACACCUGCUCAUCAAAUUAAUUUGGCUCCUGCGGUUAGGCAAGAAGAAUGCGAAGAUGAAGGGUUACCUGGGAUGGGUGGUUUUGGAAUAGGACAUACUGAUAAGUGUGAUUCCAGAGGCUCAUGCACAUGCAUGGUGGCAAAUUCAUGGUUGCCAGAAGAAUAUGAACCCAGACGGUUUCAUCUUCUAGGGUUUGGGUGCUAUUUUGUGUUGGAGUCACUAUUUGUCAUGUGCUUCUCUGGUUUAUGGAAACAUGGUGGAACACCACCAAUUGCACCUUGGGGCAUAGAACCUGCAGAUCAUGCAAUCCACUGCAUGACAGUCUGUUACCCACCAAAAGCUAUGAUAUCUGCUGCAGGCACAUAUAUAUAUCCUCUUGCGUCAUUACCUGGACGAGCUCAGCAAGAUGGUCUGUUGAUGCUUGGGCCAGAGAUCACUUCACAAAUGAAUUCACAGCGGCCACCUACCUCGAACUAUGCAAAUUGGGCAUCUGAUGGUAUCGUCAUAAUGGAAAGAAAAUCUCUUUUUUGGUUGUUUGUGUGCUUGCUACUACAGCUUUGCGCUUUUCUGCUUGGUCAACUUUCUCGAAUGCUUGGAGCCCACAUAGACUCCACAACAUUUUUAAGUGCAUUCUCAUUCAUUGAUAAUGAUGGGAAGCAGUAUUCCUUAGGCCCUUGGGUGGGUACAGAGGAUGGGAUUGUCGUUGAUAUACCUUGCAAAGAUUCAUCAACAUGGGGUGUAGAUGUGCCAUCAUGUGUCUAUGAUGAUACACCUUUCAGUGCCGAGGCCGAUCCAAAUGGUACUGAACAAUCAACUACACUACCUUGCAAACCAUCCACAUCUUCACUGCAUCCUAUAACAGAAAUUUCCACAUUGAACAGUCAGAUUCUUGAUGAACAAGUGGAACAUAAGAGACAUGGAAGAUGGAACAGAUGGUUUGACCAUCUUGAAGAUCAAAGCAGAUUUAUUCCAUCUCAAUUAUGA